AUGCGCUCUCUGCUUCCUUUCCUCUGCCUGUUCUCGGUCUGGACAAAGGGAGCCGGGGCGUCGGACCCCGACUUGCCCUUCAUGGAGUACCUGGACCAGGAUCAUUUGGUGUGCCUGAAGUGGGGCUUCGAUAACCCGCAAGGAAUCAUAACAUUCAAGCUGGUGGUCAACACAACAGGCUGGGUGGGCCUUGGCUUCAGUUCGGACGGAGAGAUGACCGGGUCCGACAUCGUCAUGGGGGGAGUUGGACCCAGUGGAAGCUACUUCAGAGAUUACCAUGCAGUAGGGGAUUCCAUGCCUGUGCUGGACGAGCAGCAGAGCUACACUCUCCUGUCUCUGACUGAGAGGGACGGUCAAACCAUCAUGACCUUUCAGAGGUCCAUUCAGACGUGUGAUCACGAAGAUUCCCCAAUCACUGAUACACCCAUUAAAAUUAUCUAUGCCUUCGGAACAACGGAUACGCUCGGUUAUCAUGGGCACCGUAGAGGCGCCAAGGAAGUCAACCUGCUGAACUAUGUGGCCAGGCCAAGCUCAACCAACCUCACCUAUCUCAACGUCACAAUGGAUAAUGUCACUGUGCCUGAAAAUCACACCUACUACCACUGCAAGGUCAUGAAGUUUCAAAACUUGGAUCCAAAUACAACAUAUUAUAUAUAUCAGAUUGAACCAGUGAUUGAGAACCCUGACAUUGUGCAUCACAUGCUGCUGUACCGCUGCCCCUCCUUUGUGACGGAGACGUACGACAAGCCGUGCUUCAUGGGCGACAUGGGGGACGUCUGCUUCGAGGCGGUGGCUGCAUGGGCAGUGGGAGGAGGGGUAUUUGAGCUUCCAGAAAAUGUGGGUAUUCCUGUUGGAGGUGCGGACAGUGAUACAUUGUAUAGGCUGGAAAUCCACUACAACAAUCCAAACAAUGAAGCAGGUAGGAGAGACAGCUCAGGACUGAGGCUUCACUACACAGUCCAACGCAGGAAGUAUGAUGGCGGCAUCCUGACCACAGGUGUGAACCCACAUACCUCUCUGAGCUACAACAUCCCUCCAAAAGCCACUCAAUUCCACACCUACGGCAUGUGUAAUACAAGUCUCUUUUCCCAGCUUAUGAAUCCUGUGCCUGACCUGCACGUGUUUGCUGGGAUGCUGCACACUCACUUGGCUGGGAGGAAAGUCAGAGUGGGCCAUUACAGAAAUGGAACUCAGAUAGACUUCUUGCUCGUCAAUGAAAAUUACAACUUUGGGCUACAGCAGAGCGUCAGUUUGGGAAAGAUCAAGACCAUCAAGCUGGGUGAUGAGAUUGCGGUGGAGUGCACCUACAAUACUACCGAUCGCACCAACGUCACCAGGAUGGGGUUAGCAACUACUGAUGAGAUGUGCCUGGCCUUCCUACUCUACUACCCUGCAAUCAAGAUCACCAACUGUGUUAGCAACCCAAAUACAAGCAUGUCUGAGGACGCCCCAACUUCAGACCAGGAUCCAAUUGCAGCGCAGGAGAGUUUUCUGAAGGACCUUCCACAAAUUCUGUUUGCCUCUGAUGACGAAAACAACUCCUCAUUUAACCAAAAAGGCACGGUGAGGAAGAUGAUGAAGACACCGACUGUCACUUGUCACAAAACCAGUGCGGCAAGCGGACUCGGCGCUUCCAGGAUUAUGAACUUAGCAGGAAUAAUACUUCUGCUACUCUGGAUUGCAGUAAUGUAACAUGGUUGUAUGA